UCUGCUCCUCCCCUUCCUCGUGAUUGUGCUGAGAGCGACCGGGAAUAACACGUGUCCGGGGAGAUCAGAGAGAGAAGACACCAUGAAGAGCCCCAAUAUACUGCUGACUGGGACCCCUGGUGUUGGGAAGACAACUCUUGGCAAAGAGCUUGCAGAGAGAUGUGCCCUGGCCUAUGUAAAUGUGGGAGAUUUGGCUAAAGAUGGCAAUUUGUAUGAAGGUUAUGAUGAAGAAUAUGACUGUCCUAUUCUUGAUGAAGACAGAGUGAUUGAUGAGUUGGAGGAUAAAAUGAGUGAAGGUGGAGUCAUUGUAGACUAUCACGGUUGUGACUUUUUCCCAGAGAGAUGGUUCCACAUUGUGUUUGUGCUGAGAACAGACAAUUCCUUGUUGUAUGAAAGGCUGGAAAGCAGGGGAUACAAGGAGAAAAAACUUCAAGACAACAUCCAGUGUGAGAUCUUCCAGACUAUCUAUGAAGAGGCAACAGAGUCAUACCAAUCAGAAAUCAUUCAUCAGCUGCCCAGUAACACACCAGAAGACCUGGAGAACAACCUGGACAAGAUCGCAAAAUGGAUUGAGCAGUGGAGGAAUGACAAUAACUAAACUCGGCAGUGGAAGGAUGGUGAUGGCUAAAUUCUGGACGCAGACUCUGGUUCUCCUAACAUGAGUGCAGCUUGGUGUGGCGUAACAUACGUUAAACGUGUGUUUCAGUGAUUUUUACAGAGCAUUUAUUUCUUUAGAACAGAUUUAAUGUACAUAUUGUAAAGUAGUGAAAUUAUUAAAUAUGUAUCUUAAGCAUAGAGCCAGUAGGAGGCGGCCAAGCUUAUUGAUGAUCUCACUGUAUACAGUCAUAGGGCUUUUACUGUAGAUCCUUCCCAUUUAUAUAAAUUCUGCUAUUGAUAAACCGCC